UUGACAUUGACAGUCCCGCUGUCGCUUUGUAAAUUUUCACUCGCUCCCAAGCGGUCGACAACGCGAAAAGUCCCCAAAAAGAUAAAAUAUAAAGUGUGAGAUCUAAGACAAUAUCCAGACAAGUGUCAAAAUGAGCCACGAGAUUCGUUGCUGUAAGGUAUUCAAAAUGAAGGGAUCGACGCUGGACAAAAUCUCCGCCUUCCUGGGCGAACUCAUCGGCACCGGCAUCCUGGUCUUCCUGGGUUGCAUGGGUUGCGUCAACCUGGACAUCUUCCCCAACAGCCAUCUGCAGACAGUGCUGAACUUCGGCUUCGCCGUCCUUGUUGCCAUCCAGUGCUUUGGCUGUGUGUCCGGAGCCCAUCUCAAUCCCGCCGUGACAGUGGCUGCCUACAUCUACGACAUGGUCACCCUGCGCAUGGCCUUCGCCUACUUUGCCGCCCAGAUGCUGGGCGCCUUCAUCGGCUACGGCCUGCUGAUGGUCCUGCUGCCCCAGCAAACCCUCACUGUGGGCGCCGGCCUCUGCGUGACCUUGCCCCACGCCACCGUGACCACGGGCCAGGCCUUCGGCAUCGAGUUCGUGAUCACCUCCAUCCUGGUCAUCGUCUGCUGCGGCGUCUGGGAUCCCCGCAACUCCAAGUUCCACGACUCGGUGGGCAUUCGUUUCGGCCUGGCCAUCGCCUGUCUUGCCUGCGCUGCCGGACCCUUCACCGGUGCCAGCAUGAAUCCAGCCAGGUCUUUCGCUCCCGCCCUGUGGAACAAGCACUUCGAGGACAACUGGAUCUACUGGCUGGCCCCCCUGAGCGCCUCCGCCAUCACCGCCUACGCCUACAAGGUCGUCUUCCGCCGCGAGGUGGUGGAGGCGGAGAUCACCUCGAACGAGAAACUGCGUCACCUGGAGGACGUCCAGCUGUCGUAGGUGCCAAAGACAUUGCUGUAGUGAAAGCCUUAACUAAUUUACUUAUAGUCUAAGACGCAGAAUUUUAUGAUAAUGCAUUCAUUGUACGCUAAUAUUAAUAGUGCAUUCACAAAGUGCUCAAACGUUACAAAAGCGAUUCAAAAUUGCUUAUUAAUACUUUUGAAAUUUUAAUUGACUUGGUGAAUACACUCAUUGCCUUCAGUAAUAAAAACAUCGAGAUUUUAAUUCUAUUCUAAACUGAUAA